AUGUCACCUAGCAAUUUAAAGGAGACAUCUUUAACUACUGGGAAACCAAAAAUCAAGAAAUCCAAGUAUAGUAGAGGAGGAUGUCAAGAAUGUAAAAGGAGAAAAAUUAAAUGUGAUGAGAGUAAACCAUCAUGUAACAAAUGUACCAGAUUGAAUAAAAUUUGUAACUAUUUAAACAAGUCAACCAGAUUUAAAUUUGAAACUCCAAAUAAAGAAUUCAUUAAUCAAGGAACUAAUAAUUUUGCUCCACAGAGAGGAGUAGGUGAAGGAGGAAUUUUUAUUAAUGAUGUUGGGGUAAAACCAACUGAAUUUAAAUUUUAUAACAAUACUACUAUUAGAAAUGAUCUUGAUAAUGGGAAUAAUGAUGGUAGUACUACUUCUACGAUUCAAAAAACAGAGAUUGAAAAGCAGCCAUUGGCAAUGUUACAGCAACAAUCUACAUUCCCAGUCGAUAAUCAACAAUCAUUAUCCACUACAAGAUUUAAAAUCAGUGAUAUGUUAUCUCCACCAAAUAAUGACAUGAAUAAUAAUAACACAUGGGAUGGAUUACCUAUUAGUGAUUUACAAAAUUUAUUUGAUGAUGCUAGUUUAUUAGUUCAAGAUUCAUUAGGAUUAUUUUCAGCACAUUCUUUAACUCAAUCUCAAAAUUCACCAGGAGUAUCAAGUUCAUUUGAUUUUAGAUUCAAAGAUUUUGAACCUGAAAGUAGUAAUUUAUCAUCACCUUCAACUACAACCAUUCCAAGAGAAUUUACAAAUAGAAAACUAAUUGAAUCUGUACUUAGCCCAGAAGAACGAUCAGAAGGAGAAAUAGAUCAUAAUUAUUUGGAUAAAUUAACAAACACUCGAUUAGGACUUCAUUACUUCCCAUUUGCUGAUUCAAAAGAAAGUAAUCAAGUAAUACUGAUAUUAUUAAAAUAUCUGGAAGAUUGUAAUUAUUUAUUAUUAUCUUUAUUAGCAGCUAGUGCUACAUUUCAAUUUGUUCAAACAACAAAGAAAAGUCAUUAUGAUUACCAAUCAAAGUAUACAAAUCUAUGCUUAAAACAUCUAAGUAAUUCAUUUCCUCAAAAUGAUAAUCAUAAAGAAAACUUCCAAGCUUCAUUGAUUAAAGAUAUUGAAAAGCUAUUAUUGACUAUUCUUGUACUAACGAUGAAUUUCAAUACAUUGGCAUAUUAUAAUCGAAAUAAUAUGAAAAAUAAUCAUAUUAACUGGAAAACUCAUUUACGUGGAGUCAAUGAAUUAUUACUUAAAUAUACUAAAUUAUGUCCGUCUAAAAAUCAAGACUUGAGUGAUGGAGUAGCCUUGGCUAAAACUUGGUUUUUUGCAAUUGAAUCAGUAGCUGAAUUAAAUGAUCCAUGUGGAGGAACAAUUAAAUAUAAUAAGAAAAAUAUUUCUCAACAAAUUGACAUAAUUAAAAUUGAUAAUGAAUUAGAAACUUCAGAUCUCAGUCGAUUAUGGAUAGAUACAGGAUACUUCAAUCGAGGAAGAAACUUAAGAUAUCAUGAUUCAUUACUACGAUUAGGUAUGCUUACAAAUCCAAAUUUACCAAUAAGUUCACAAUUUAGUUUAUUCUUGGGAUAUUCAGUGGAUGUGGUUACUUUAAUGGAUAGAUUUACCAGAUGCUUGGAUCUAAUUAGAAGUAAUUCUAAUCGUCAAAUUUCAGGCACACUAAUAGCAACAAUAUUUUCAUUUAUUAAUAAAGGUAAAAACAAUGAUAUUGUACCAAAAACAAAUAAAGAAACUUUUAUAAUUCCAAUAGAAAGUGUUGGACAUCCAGAAUAUAAUCAAUCUGAUAAAAUAGGAAUGUCCAAAUCUUGUUAUAGUCUUGAAAUAACUCCUAAUGGUGACAGGAUUUAUUAUUCUUGGUUUGAUUGGAGUGAACAAUUACAUAUAGAUUCAGUUAAUUUGAAAUUAUACCGAAUUAAAGGAUUAUUAAAAUUACCUAAACUUCAUCCAUUAGUUCAAGAACUCAAGAAUAAGAUUAUAAAUUCAAUGUUUUUCAUUAAAAAAUUGGAUUCUUCUACAACUCCAGAAGUUAUAUUUAUAAAACUGGAAAAUUUUUAUUUACAUAAGGAUUUAUUUGAUGAAAGAGCAAUGAUGAUACAAUCUUGUUUUAGAGAUUGUAGUAAAUUAGCUACUGAUGUAUUAGAAUUUGAGAAAUUGGAAUUAUAUUUCCUAGGAUUAUCAAAAUUAGGUAAUGGUAGUUCAUUACUUGGAUUAGAAACCGUCAAGAAAUUAAAAGCAAAAUUUAUUGAAAAAGGAAUGAAAUGUUAUGAUGAAAUCAAUAAUUGUGAUGAUGACGAUGAUGAUGAUUUUGAUGAAAAUGGAGCCAUUAUUCCCUUUUGUUGA